AGAAAGCGCGUGGACGCCGGCGAGGCAUGCGGGCCAGGGAUACACAAAUUUCCUCCCGAUCGCGACGCCAGGAUGCCAGGAUCGCUGCGGGCUGCCGAGGCGAGUUAAUUUGGGAUGUGGGAAGUUCCACUCUCAUCACUGCAAGAGAUAGUCUGUAAGAAUAUUUUUUUGUUUCGAAGUAUAAACAAUAUUGUGAAUGUAAAGAUCUGUAAAAAAUACUCAUUGAUAAUUUUUUGUUGUUUUUAUUGUUUUCUGAAUGUACAAAAAGGGACAAUUUGGGAGAAGAAAAAUGUAGAAAACAAACUGGAUGUUUUUUGGAAUGACACCUGCGUACAUCAUUUCAGAAAAGAAAGUACAGAGAAAAUAUAUUAUUUCAUUACUUUUCCAAAGUGUAACUUUUUAAGAAGGUGUUUAUGUAUAUUUUUAAUUUCAAAGCAGAAUAUUGUUAUUAAUAUUUUACAUUUUAUUUUCUGGAAAAUUCUGUUCUUGCCACGUUGCUCAAUAGUUCGGGGAAUAUGUGAUUUCUCCACCAGGACAGCUUUUGAAAAGCUGAUACUCUCCUAUCAGAUAUUCCCCUUUCCUUUGAUUUGGUUUGGCGCAAUUGCGUCAGUGCUUUUAUAA